ACAAGUCAAGUCAAUUCACUGGCUCCUUAUUGCACACUGAGCACUUUACAGGGAGGGAAUCCACCCAAAAAAACCUCCAUCCAUCCCUCCUCCAACCGCAGGCUCUGCUCACACCAGCACUACUGAUACUGAUCUUGGAAGAACAGACUGGAGAUAUUGAUCUGCAACCUCCAGGGAAUUCUCUGCAAACUACAACAAGUGCUCUGCAAGCUGCCAGUCUGCGCUCAGACUGCUACACACAGCGCUCUGCACCUACACAAAGUGCUCUGCACUGGAUUGUCCCCCAGACACUGCUGGUACUCUGCUGAUGGAGUGUUAGAGGAAAAAGUCAUGAGCCAAAAUGAGCAGUCCAUCUGAUUACACAGACAGCUCUAAACCCCAGGGAGGGACGGAGGAAGAGUGGGAGGAAGACGAAAAAGAGACAAAAUUGAGUUGGAGUAAGAGAGAAGACAAGAGAGGGUAUAGUCAAAGAGGAAAAAAGGCCUAGUUUCUGUGGACUUUUUUUGUGCCAUGUCGAACUUCACUUCUCCAGAUGCUUGUAACGUUGAUUCUGGCCUGGACGGAGUGCUUCCACCCUCACUCUACGCACUGGUCUUCGUGGUGGGUCUGCCAGCAAAUUUACUGGCCUUGUGGGCAGCUUGGCUUCAAGUUAGGCAGGGUAGAGAACUUGGUGUCUACCUCCUCAACCUCUCCCUCUCUGAUCUUCUCCUGAUUUGUGCACUCCCACCAUGGACGGAUUACUACCUGCGGCGGGAUGUUUGGGGUUAUGGCCCCGGUGCCUGCCGUCUUUUUGGUUUUGUAUUCUAUACCAACCUGUAUGUGGGAGCCGCUUUCCUUUCCUGUGUAUCUGCUGACCGAUAUCUAGCCGUGGCACACCCUUUACGUUUCCCUGGUGCUAGGCCCAUACGCUCAGCUGCUGCUGUCUCGGCGCUGGUUUGGAUACUUGAGUUGGCGGCCAAUGCUCCCCCACUGCUUGGAGAUGCCAUCCACCGGGAUCAAUACAACCACACCUUCUGCUAUGAGAGUUACCCCCUUUCUGGGAGAGGGGCUGCCUUGGCUAAUGUGGGGAGGGUGUUGGCAGGUUUUCUGUUGCCCUGGGGGGUUAUGAUGGUCUGCUAUGCCGGGCUGCUGAGAGCUCUGCGAGGAAGUGCAUCCUGUGAGAGAAGAGAACGAAGGAGAGUGCGGCGGCUAGCUCUUGGGCUUCCUUGCGUAGCACUGCUGUGCUAUGGGCCAUACCAUGCUUUACUCCUCCUACGAAGCGUGGUGUUCCUGGUUGGGGGAAACUCUGUGGCUGCAGGUGGAGACUGCGCAUUGGAGGAGAGACUUUUCCCUGCCUACCAUGCAUCACUAGCCCUGGCCACCCUGAACUGUCUGGCAGAUCCUGCCCUCUAUUGUUUGGCAUGCCCUGGAGCUCGGGGGGAAGUGGCAAAGGCAGUAGGAGGGGUAGUGGCAUGGGCAUUGGGCAAAGACCGAAUGGGCUGGGGAGAAAGGGGCAUUGAGGGCAGAGGAGGAGAAGAGCUCAGGAUGGUGGAAUUGGGGAGAGGGCAAGGGGUGCAUGUGGUAUGA